CCGGGUGGUGUCUCCGCGACCUGCAGGAGGCAACACGAGCCCGGCGGCGGACCCAGCCAUGCCGUCCCGGGCCGAGGACUAUGAGGUGCUGUACACCAUUGGCACGGGCUCCUACGGCCGCUGCCAGAAGAUCCGGAGGAGGAGCGACGGCAAGAUAUUAGUUUGGAAAGAACUUGACUAUGGCUCCAUGACUGAGGCUGAGAAACAAAUGCUUGUUUCUGAAGUGAAUUUGCUUCGUGAACUGAAACAUCCAAACAUUGUCCGUUACUAUGAUCGAAUCAUUGACCGGACCAACACAACGCUGUACAUUGUAAUGGAAUAUUGUGAAGGAGGGGACCUGGCUAGUGUGAUUACAAAGGGAACCAAGGAAAGACAAUACUUAGAUGAAGAGUUUGUUCUUCGAGUGAUGACGCAGUUGACGCUGGCUCUAAAGGAGUGUCACAGGAGAAGUGAUGGUGGCCACACCGUGCUGCAUCGGGACCUGAAACCAGCCAAUGUUUUCCUGGAUGGCCAGCAAAACGUCAAGCUUGGAGACUUUGGGCUAGCUAGAAUAUUAAACCACGAUACAAGUUUUGCAAAAACAUUUGUUGGCACACCCUAUUACAUGUCUCCAGAACAAAUGAAUCGUAUGUCCUACAAUGAGAAAUCGGAUAUCUGGUCACUGGGUUGUUUGCUGUAUGAACUGUGUGCAUUAAUGCCUCCAUUUACAGCUUUCAACCAGAAAGAACUGGCUGGGAAGAUCAGAGAAGGCAAAUUCCGGCGAAUUCCGUAUCGUUACUCUGAAGAAUUGAAUAACAUUAUUACAAGGAUGUUAAAUUUAAAGGAUUACCAUCGACCUUCUGUGGAAGAAAUUCUUGAGAACCCUUUGAUAGCAGACUUGGUUGCAGAAGAGCAAAGAAAAAACCCUCAGAGAAGAGGGCGACGCUUAGCGGAGUCAGGCAAGUUGCAGGAUUCCAGCCCGGUAACGAGUGAGCUCAAACUAAAGGAGCUGCAGUUACAGGAGCGAGAGCGAGCCCUCAGAGCAAGAGAAGAAAGACUGGAGCAAAAGGAGCGUGAGAUUUGUAUUCGUGAGAGACUUGCAGAGGAUAAGCUGGCGAGAGCGGAAAGUCUGUUAAAGAAUUACAGCCUGCUGAAGGAGCAGAAGCUCCUGUCUCUGGCAAGUAAUCCAGACCUCGAUCUUCCAUCCUCGAUGAUUAAGAAGAAAGUUCAUUUCAGUGGGGAAAGUAAAGAGAAUGUCAUGAGGAGUGAGAAUUCAGAGAAUCUGCUGACCUCAAAAUCCAAGUGCCGAGAUCUGAAGAAACGGCUUCAUGCUGCUCAGCUGCGUGCUCAAGCCCUGUCAGAUAUCGAAAAAAACUAUCACCUGAAAAGCAGACAGAUCCUGGGCAUGCGCUAGCCUAGCCAGGAGACACCGAGCUGUGUAUAGUGCUUAAUAUCGCCCAGCCUUUAAAGAUUGAUGUUCAACUGCUGUAGCCUUAUAGACUUGGUUCCACGAGCCGUGCCUUUGGUACAAGAAGCGCGACACUUUGGAAUUGCUUUUGCUGUUCUUCAGCAACAGCUGUAGAAAGUGCCCGCACCUUGCCUCGUUUUCGCUUUUUUACUGGUAGCUGAGAACACUUUAUAGAAAGAAGGACACUUUCCUCCUUGGCUGGAUUUUUAGUCCUGUGUGCGAUGACACUGGAAACACGAGAUGCCACAUUCUAAGCCUUGGGGGGAAAUAAUGUUACGAAAAGUACUUACCUGGGAGUGGCACUUAGGAGAAGUUUUCAGUGACUGAGUGGUGUGCUUACGAUUGUCAUGUCUAGGUUUAAAUUUUAAGUCUGAGGUUUUAAACGUUCUUGAGCUUCUUAGAAAACUUAAUUGGGUACAGAUGGGUCACAAUAACCUGACAUCUGGCUUAGAAAUACCCCACUACUCUGUAGUGCAAAUCUACCGCCUUUUGUGAAAAUUCAUCACUGUGCUGUCUAUAUUUUUUUCCUUUCUAUGCUAUUUAACAGUAUAUGUUAAAUUUAACCUGUUUUACAGUACGUGAACUGGCUGUCAUUUACCCACCUCUUUCUCAGUAAAUAAAAAGAGUUCUUUAGUUUUCCUAUGUUUAUGUCUCUUUCAUUUAUC